AUGGCAGAUGAUGGCGUGGAACACAAGGCUGACAAGGGUGAUGCAGCCGUGGUACUGGAUACGUCUGACUACAACCGAAAGAUCGCCGCUCUCUUGGAGGGUAAGGCCUACAGGAAGUUGAAGAAGGAUCCUACCGAUACCAUAGAGUGCAAGACUGUUCUUCUCCUGAAAAAGUGCCAGGCUGAGGAGGUCUGCCAACAGCUACGACCUCAGGGUUCCAGGCCACCUAGACUCUACGGGUUGCCAAAAAUCCAUAAGCCUGACAUUCCACUAAGGCCCAUUGUGAGCAUCAUUGGCUCUCCUACCUAUCGCCUGGCCAAACACUUGGCUGGCCUACUAAGCACAUACACUGGCAAUGGUCCACACCACAUAAGUAACUCUAUGGAAUUUGUCCACACAUUGGACUCUCUCCAUGUUGAUCCCUAUGACAUAAUGGUCAGUUUCGAUGUGGUGUCACUCUUCACCAGGGUCCCUAUAAAGGAUAUGAUUGGAUCUGCUAGGACGACAUUUCGAAGAAGACAUCUUGAGACUCUUCCACCAUAUCCUGACCACCUCAUACUUCAACUUCAAUGGCCAGUUCUAUGA